AUGUCGACCUCACGAGCACUAAACGAUGAAGAAGUUAUCAACGAAAUGAAAAAGAUGGUUGCCUUCAUCAAUCAAGAGGCUCAGGAAAAAGCUCGUGAAAUCAAAGUCAAGGCUGAUGAAGAAUUCAACAUCGAAAAAACCAAACUUGUCCGUCAAGAAUCCAUUAAUAUCGAGGCUAGCUUUCAAAGAAAGAUCAAGCAAGCCGAAGUUCAAAGGAAAAUCAUUCAAUCAAACAAUAUCAAUAAAUCCCGUCUCAAAGUCCUUCAUGCACGUCAGCAAUUGCUUGAUGACCUUUUCAACGAGGCCAGAGUUCAACUUAAAGAAAUUCCAAAGGACGCCGGUCGAUACCGCGGUUUGUUGAGAGACUUGAUAUUACAGGCCCUCUAUCAACUAAUGGAUGAAAACGUAACGGCCAUCGUCAGGAAAUCCGAUCUGAGUUUAGCAAAUGAAGCUGUUCAGGAUGCACGUAAGGUUUACACGGAAGCCACCAAGUUACCUGUCAAGAUUGACAUUGAAAAAGAAAAUUUUCUGCCGGAGGAUAGCGCUGGUGGCGUUAUUUUGACAUCUCACUUUGGUCGUAUAAGGAUUAAUAAUACACUUGAAGAGCGACUGAAAUUGACGCAAGAGGAGAUGCUUCCCGACAUUCGUGUCACGCUUUUCGGUCACUCUCCAAGUAGAAAAUUUUUCAAUUAA